AUGCUCAGGCUGAACGUGGCCCAGCGGAGGACGCGGAGCUGGCAGCCCUCACAUCCUGCGGCUCUCAAGGUGGCCCCGUCACCUGUGCGGGGGUUUUGGACAGACCGCGUCUUCUGGGCACCGGCCCACCUGAGCCACCUCCUGAUGGUGAGGAAAUGGAGCGCACACAACUGGAAGCACGAACACACGCUGAAGAGCACGUCAUUAUGCAUCAUUAGCGCUCCAGGAGGCAGAGGCAGGGCCAGGGCCAGGGCUGGAGUACCACUGCACUCAAAGCAUUAUGGGAUGUUGGAGGACCAACCGGGCAUGAAGCUGGAGUGGACAAACAGGGAGCGUCACGUGGUCAGUGGCAAAGAGCGCUCUGUAAGUCUAACAGCGGUGGCUCACAGUGAUGCAGAGGAGAGGACAGUCUUAUCCAGCGCACCAGUGUUGACAGCAUCACUAAUCCCCUCCACCUGCUCAAACAGCCACCUCCAAAAGCAGAGCCCCCUCCCCGUGUGUGCGUGUGCCGGGGGUCCCCAGGGCCUCGCUGUGCUGCUGCCACAGUCUCCGCAGCGGUUAUCAAGCCUGGCCCGGCUCCUCUCCCCCUCCUCUCCACCUCCCCUCCACCUCCCCUCCACCAACCGCACACAUUAA